GUCGAAAAGCACCAGAAGGGCAACGCAAGAGAUACGUACAGCUACGUGUUAGUAGUUCGUGAUAGACCACGCAUCGUCCUAGGCGUCAUCUCCCAUGGUAUUAUAAAUCGCGUUUAAAUUUCUUGUUUCAAAGUAAAAUAAAACUACAACUUGUUCUCACUAUCGCAUCGAUGUUCAAUAUUCCAAACACCUAUGUCAAAAAGAAGUCGUUUGGCUUUUUUUGGGGAGAAAAAAAAGAAAAACUGAGGCACAUGUUGUGUGUGCUAAAUCGCGCAAAUUAUUGAAGACAAAAGCGUGAAUACCGAUACUUAUCCAGAUUUGAAAAAUGUCGAACAGUCACAGAGAGGUCAUCUGGGCGGAGAACGGUGCGGAAGCGGUAUUAACAUGAUUCGCCAUGGUUUGUCUUGUUGUAGCUGAAGUUCUUGUCCGGGUUCUCCCUUUCAAUUUCAUGGUCUUUUCCUUCUGUAGUUAUGACUUAUGAGGAGCUCCUGAGGCUGCUAAGCGUAGUGAAAAAAUAUCAAGCAGUUUUGUUCUUGUUUUUUUCUGUUUAUCAACAAAUAAGGAACUGGAACUUCCAAAACAGCACCAAGUGCCGCCACCGCCGGCGGUGCACCAGAUGGUACCAGCGGCUCCGCAGGUGUUGAUGCCGCCCCCGGGCGUUGCGGGCCCGACGAGCCACCAUCACCAGGUACUGAUGCACCACCCGCAGCUGGUGUACACGACUGCUGCCGCGACGCACCAUCAACCGUUGUACCAUGAGAGUCAGUAUCUGGCCUUGGACCCGAAUCUGUUCGGGACCUCCGCGCACCACCUCUUCGCCGGCGCGGCGGGUGGUCCGCAGUACCUGGCUGUCGCGCCGAUGCCGCCGCACCCGCAGGCAGGAGCGGCUGUGCACCAACCGGCGCACCCCUUCUCGGGCACGACCACGUCGCACAGCUCCAAAGGAACCGCGGAAAACUAUGGAAUUCUCAAAUGUUACAUUCUCAACUGUUACAUGAAUUUGCAAUGCAAGAGUGGCAAAAUUGAAAAAAAAAAAAAAAGAUUGCGCCUUUUGCAUUACAGGUUUAUUGGCGUAGAUUCUCAUGCUAUCUAGCAAGUCGCGAACUUGUCAUGCGAAGCAGCUUGGUCGUGUCGAUAUUCAUGGCUAAUUUGCAUGACAAAUCCAUGUAAUAGUUGAGAAUGUAACGUCUGAGAACGCCAUAAACACUCGUCCCGCGUCCCCGUUCCGCCCCCGGCGCCCGUGAUGGUGCAUCCGCAGCCGACGACCUCUCCGGUGGUGAUCGUGGAUCCGAACCACGGCCCGUGGAUGGAUCCGAUGGCCAGUUGGUAUCACGGUGAGCAGUGGACGCAGCGCGGUACCGCGAGCACUGGAUACACGCCCCCCGGGAGCAAAGCCCCCGCGGCGGGACCACCGCAUCAUGCCUGGGGCGGCGCGCCGGCGGGCGGCUACGACUCGUACUACGGCUACAGUUACGGCGGGUACGGUAGUAGUUCCUAUCAUGGGCCGCCGGGGUCAACCUCGCGUAACGGCAGCAAAGAAAAGUCCGACCACUACCGCGGCAUGAUGAAGCACGGUUCGUUCUAUGACCAGUCCGGAGCUCCUGCAGCGGCUUCCAGCCACCACGACCUGUCCAAGGCCACCACCAACAAUGGAAAUGGCGUGCGCCCAGUGGUGCGGAACACCUGGCGGUUCAAGUACCGCGGUACCCGCGAGAGCCGGGACGCCACGACCGCUGGUCCGGGGGCAGCAACUCCAGCGGCCGGCGUGGCAGCUGCGUCUUCCUCCAAAUCCUCCGAGGACCAAAAGUUGCAGCAGUACGCGAACAGCCAGCAGAAGCAGACCCGCCGCCAGAUGAAGCAGACCCGCCCGAACCAGGGUGCUGUCGCCGCGCAAAACAAAACCGCGCAGCCGGGGAACGGCUCCAAGCCGGUACAAAAAGAAUUUCUUUUAUAUCUGUUGCUUCUAAAUCCAAACAAGGUGAAGUUGAAGAUCAAGAUUCUGUUUUUUUUUACGUCCAAACUGGUUGGAUGUAUUCCAAUAUCUUUUUCAAAAGAACAAUAGAGUGUGAACGCUGCUGCUGUUCGCGUUUGCUCAAAACGUGGAGCAGCGUCGCGCGUGAGCGAUCUCCGGCUCUACUGCAGCAUAAAAACAGCUAAACUUGAUGUUAUCUCUGCUAGUUUCCCUCAACCUCAUCAAGAACUCCCAAUUAUACCAAAAAUCCGCAAUCCAUUCCAUACCAGGGUUCGAAACGGGCCAGCAAGGAUUCGAAGGAGCUGCAAGAGACUGGCACCAACAACAAGGGAUCCAAGAGUUCGGUGGAAAGCCAACCGAGCAGCUCCAGUGCGGACGAAGCGGCGAGCGAGAAGUAUCCUGUGCAACAGUCUCGUACUCGUAUAAAUGCACUACAAAUUUCCUCAGCAUGAGAAAUAAAAUUUGUACUGCGUAUUUGACUUAACAAAAACAAAAAGAUUUGUAUAUGCAUGAUUGCAAUACGAGUGCGAUACUUUUGCACAGGAUAAGAAGCCGGCGUCGGCAAGUGCGGAGGAAGCGUCUUCGGGCGAGGGACCGCCCUCGAACAAGACGAAGCCGGCGUCCACCGCGUUUCUGGAGGCCGCGACCACCACGGCCGAGGAGGACGAGGACGCGGCCCCGGUGCUGUCGCCGAAAUCGCGUCGGGCGAAGCGGUAUCCUGCGCAAAAGUAUCGUACUCGUACUAAUUGCAUUUAUGCAUUAGGCCCCAAGUGUAACGUUAAGGCCCCAAGUGUAACGUUACAGCGCGAAUAGAAAGACAAAGAAGCGAAAAGCGACAAGCUUAACCUUUUACGUGUGGAGCGUGUUCACCUCUUGUAUAAUUACAAAUACUAGCUCCUAAGGCAACUCCGCAUUACAAAUUAAAUUUGAAAAAAUGCUGAGCCAACUUGUAUUGCAAUUUAUCCUAGUACGUUAGUACUUUUGUAAUUCAUAAGCGGAUGGCGUCCUUCGUGCGCAAGCCGUUGAAGGACGUGGCCGCCUACAAGAAGUUCUCCAGCCUGUUCGGCGGGUCGGUCAUGUCUUCCAAGCAAUCCGUCAUUCCGGAGGAAACCGCGGCGGACAUCCUCAGUCCGCCCGCGCGGGCGGCCGAGGUCGCCGCGGGUGCCGUGCCUGCCACCACGUCGAGCGUUUCUGCAGAGGAAGAGGAGAAGAAGGAACAAGUCGAAGAUGCGGGCGAAGGACCCGAAGGCGAAGCGGCCGAGGCGGGCGUCGCCGCGGCCGGGCAUGAAGAUGUUGAAGCGAGCAAGGUGGAGGAAGAAGCCAGUUGUGCGGAACAAGCGACCUCGUCUGCGGAAAAGGCAAAAACCCCCACACUGGAGGCAUUCAUCGAGAAGGUCGAGAAGGAGGGGGAAGUGGUGGAAGAAGUUGUUACGGUGCAGUAA